AGCAAUAAAAAUAAUUGUUUAUUGUAACACUCUUAACUUUAACAAGAACAGCAUAAGGACAAGGUAUCUAAUGUACGUAUAUCAAACUUGAACUUCUUUAAAAGCCACAUGCACAAACAAAGGAAAACAAAAACAGACCAAACACAACUAUUAAGUGGAGGGGGAAAAUAGUCAGGAGAACAGAGUUCUGUAUCACCAGUCCAAAAUCCAAAACUAGAUGAGUUAGUUUCACAAUGCUUUUUCUUUCUUGCAUGAUGCCUCAACCUGAUCUACACAGUGAUGAUCAGAUUUUAGUUCACUGGUUGCUUGGUUGAACUUGGGGUCUUUCUGGUUCUCUUUAGGUUUUAUAAUUUAUUUCUUUAAGCAUGUCUGAAUGUAUUUUCUUCUGCUUGUUUGACAGAAAAUUGGAGGGAGCAAUUUUACAGAGAGAAGAGAAAUAAAUUGCUACAACUAACUUCUGGAGGUCUUCUUACUUCUCUCAGUUUCACUCUCCUCACAGAGUUUGUGUUACGCUGCAUCCUGACCAAUUAGAGGGUUGUUGCCAUGUUGAGCUUUCCAGAACUCAUAACAAAUGCUGCCAGAUUGUCCGGUCUCAAUGGUCUCAAAGAGUAACAUUACUUCAUAUGUCCCAUUUAGUUUCACUCAUUUUUCCAAAACGAUGAACAACUCCAUGUACCCUCUCACCUUUUAAAGGGAGCGUCCAAUUUUUUUUCUCAUUUUCAGUCUAUUGUCUAAAAAUAUGCUGCCUCCUGCAAGGAUCUCACUAGAUCUGAUUUGACAGGUGGUGGUGAUGUGGUGUGGGACCUAUUUGGAAAGGAAUCAUAGUUUGAGAGGUCACUGGAUCAUCAAGAGCACUAUGUUUCUUCAGUGUAAAUGAGCUUCUUCUGUACAACCACAGCAGCGCUGACAACAAUCCAGUAGUGAUAAACAGAGAUUGAACCGGCCUUGAUGGGCCAACAGUGAAUAUGGAUUAAAUCAGGUGAAAAUCGAUGAUUCAGUUAACUUUGUCUCUGUUGCUUUUGAUGUGUAAGGAGGUCACAAAGAUUGCAGAGAUAUUUAACCAGUACCCUCAGGUACACCUUCAAAUUUCUCAAACCCAUUCCAACACAAUUCUUAGCUCCAAAGGGUUUACGCUCAUAUCUUUUCUACCCCAGCUUCUAAUGCUGAACUCCAGAAAUGCCUUUCACAGUGAGAGCUAUUCCUGCUCAUUCUCCUUCCAGUGCAAGCUCAGUCUCAUUUCAAAUCUUCACCAAUUUGGUCUUUCAAGCAGAGCUUGAGUUCCCAAUUGCAUUCCUGCACAGUGAACCACAGACUUUUGCUUUUAAGCUGCCAUUUCUUUGGAAUCCUAGCAAGCAACCAGCGUCUGAGAGUUUCAGGGUAUCUUUGAAAUUCUUCUCCCCCUUCUAAGCCUAUCUCCAUGACAACGUGAAUCACACAGCCUUUGUAACCAGGGAGAAAUGCUGAUUGAUGAGAUCUCAACUCUCUUUUAAACACUGUAAAGCCUAGCGGUUUACAAUGUAAACACUUCCCUGGAACUUAGCAGAUGAUGAGUAAACACAAUUGCUGCUGCUGACAUUGGAUCCCAAUGUGAACACCUUGCACCUUCUUUUCAGCAAAACAACAUGGGCCUCUCUUUAAUCUAUGAUGGCCACAUCAUCAAGGUAUGUUGUUAUGCAGACUUCAGAACAGGUCACCUAACCUCUUCAUUUUAAAGGCAUAGUCCCAAAACGUAGUAUAACAAAAUCUUGCAUUUGUAGCAUCCUGCAGUCAUAUUAUGAUCAUUGUGCCAUCAUCUUUAUGUCACAACGCAAACAUUCUUUUUAGAUCCAUCACAACCACAGUUACCAGAUCCAAGACAGUGACUUUACUAAAGUUACUGUUCGUGAAAAUAAGUCUCUUUCAGGACUGAAAGGGUACACAGAACACUUGUAUGCUGUGCAGAAGUGCCUAUGAGCCUAUUUCCAUGGAGUUUGUGAGUAGGUAAGAGGUAGGAAGGGAGUGUGCACUCACAUAUUGAUGUCACAGCACCAUGGAUGAUGGGGUAGUCCUGAAAAAACGGGGCUACACUUUAGGUGUCAACCUGGGGGAGGGGUCAUAUGCCAAAGUCAAGUCUGCCUACUCUGACCGGCUGAAGACUAAUGUGGCCGUUAAAAUCAUCGACAGGAGGAAGGCCCCCGCUGAUUUCCUGGAGAAAUUUCUGCCCCGUGAGUUGGAAAUCUUGGCUAUGCUCAAUCACCGCUACAUCGUAAAAACCUUUGAGAUUUUUGAGACUUCAGAUGGAAAGGUUUACAUUAUAAUGGAGUUGGGUGUUCAGGGAGAUUUACUGGAGUUCAUUAAAACAAGGGGGGCUUUACCUGAGGAGGUAUCACGUAAGAUGUUCCGUCAGUUGGCACUGGCUGUCAAGCACUGUCAUGAGCUAGGUGUAGUCCACCGGGAUUUAAAGUGCGAGAAUCUCCUUCUAGAUAAGGACUUCAACGUCAAGCUCUCAGACUUUGGUUUUGCCAAGCGAUGCAGUACAGAUGAUCAGGGACGACCCUUGCUCAGCAAAACCUUUUGUGGCUCUGCAGCAUAUGCAGCUCCUGAAGUCCUGCAGGGCAUUCCUUACCAGCCCAAAGUGUAUGAUGUUUGGAGCCUUGGGGUAAUCCUUUUCAUCAUGGUGUGUGGAUCGAUGCCGUACGAUGACUCCAACAUCAAAAGGAUGCUUAGGAUUCAGAAAGAGCAUAGGGUGGAUUUUCCCCGUUCAAAGGUGGUUCCUGCAGACUGCAAGGAACUGAUCUAUCGUAUGCUCCACCCUGACACGAGCAAACGGCUCACCAUUGAAGAGGUCCUGGAACAUCCUUGGCUCUUUACUGCCAAAAUCAAAGAAACAACUUCAACCAAAAAAGUGGAACAAAGCACAGAGAAGAAAGACGAGAAGAGAGACGAGAAGCAUGGCCACACCAAGGACGACCGACAUGAAGGAAAAACAGAGCAGAAGCGAGAUGCAAAAUACCAGUGGGAAAUUGAAACAGGCCAUGAAUGGGUGGACAUGAAACAUGAGGCAAAACAUGAGUGGAUGAACAUGAAGCGGGACAAAGCAGAUGGCAAGCAUGAAGCUGAGCAUAAAGACGAGACCAGGAAUGAGGGGAAAUCCGAUUUCAAGGGCAGCAUCUCACCUCAGGAAGCAAGGGACACAAAGCACCAUUCCAAAGUACCAAGAUCUGACCACAGGAGUGGAACCAAGACUGGUUCAAGGGUGGAAAAGUCUCUAAAUCAAGAUGCCAGAACCGACCCUGAAACUGACAGCAGACUGGAACCAAGAACAGAUACAAAGGGCAGCAGGCGCAAAUCGAGAAGCUUGAGACUAACUGAUGAGGAUCAUCCUGAUGACAGCGAGGUCUAUCCUGACCAGGAGAGCUUCAUUGAAGCACAGAGCAAGGCAGAGCUGAAAAAAGUUAGUUCCAGAAAGUCAAAAUCUAUCGAAAAACGGGGCAAACAUUCGAGCAAAUCUCGCACCUAG